CGGAGCAGAGACACACUGCUCCGUAUAGAAGAGGCUAUUAAGGCUUAUCUGCCAUACGCUAUAUGCUAUGGAUACUGAUAAUGGCCCGGCGGGGGACUGAACCCUGGCUGCAUCGCAGACGUGCAUCGUCCAAAGUGUACCUUGGCGACCACCGAUCGUUAUUACCAUCCACCUGCCUACUUUGGGUCUUCUGCCGGCCAACACUCUUCGCACUAGGAAGAUGUGUGUGAAUAUCGCCACAGCCUCAACCCUAACCUUCUCCUAUCCACGCAUUUGAUUUGUGUCAUGGGUGCCAUCAGGGCCGCACGCGCAGUAGAACCGGUGGACCCGGGUCAUCUCCAAAAGACCGCAGAUCCAAAUAUCACAUGCCACACCCACGUUCUGACGCUACAGUCAGGCACUACUUAUCAACUACCGUGAACUUAGUCGGCAGUUCAUUAACCUUCCAGUUAGAGAACAAAGGACCGAAGACCGGCCUACCACAUGAGGGAGGUUGCUAGCCAAGCCAACGUCCGGAGAGUUGAUCGGCGGCCCGGCGCCAUGAUGUUUCCUUGGCCCAAAGCUUGUGUCAACCUUUGCGCAACAUCAUCAUCUCUGUGAUGGACCAUUGUGACAAUGGAGGGGAUCUAUAAAGGGGCCGCGAUGGAACGUUUCCAGAUCCCUUCGACACCCCCUCAUCCAGUCUUCUCUCCACAUCUCCAUCCAAGCCUCAAGUCAAUCCACCAUCAAAAUGGUUGCCGCCAGCAAGCUUGCUCUGUUCGCCACCGCCGCUGCGAGUGUUGCCGCCGCUCCUGUCGCCGCCCCUGCCGCCGCGAAGUCCUUCAGCGUCCCCGCCGUUCACAACGCCAACUACCAGCGCAAUGGAACGCUUGCCUUGCUUAAGGCUUACGCCAAGUACGGCCUGACUCCCUCCGAGCCUGACAGCAUCAUCAACCUCCUUCUCGGAGGCCUCGCCAAGCGCCAGGACGGCACGGUCCCAGCUAAGCCAGACUCCCAGAACGUCGAGUACAUCUGCAAAGUCACCAUUGGCGGACAGACCUUGAACCUCGACUUCGACACUGGAAGCGCCGAUCUCUGGGUCUUCUCCACCAGCCUGCCCGCGACUUCGAAAAAUAACCACAACGUCUUUGACCCUACCAAGAGCUCUACCUGGCAGGAGAUGUCUGGCGCAUCCUGGAGUAUUCAGUAUGUUGAUGGCAGUGGAUCUUCCGGUACCGUCGGCACCGACACUGUGACCAUUGGUGGCACUACCGUCCAGGGACAGGCUGUUGAGAUUGCCACCGAUGCUUCCGCCCAAUUCAUCGCUGGCGCCAACGAUGGACUCCUCGGACUGUCAUUCAGCAGCAUCAACACUGUCCAGCCAACCCAGCAGAAUACCUUCUUCGAUAACGCCAAGGCCAGCUUGGACAAGCCCCUGUUCGCGGCCUACCUUCCCCUGCAGGCAAGCGGUGCCUACGACUUUGGCGCCAUCGACUCCAGCCGCUACACCGGCGAGGUUGCCUACACCUCUGUCGACAACACCAACGGCUGGUGGGAGUUCCCCAGCACCACCUACAAGGUUGGAUCCCAGGCCUUCAGCUCCGCAGGCUACACCGCCAUUGCUGACACCGGAACCACCCUGCUCCUCAUGGGUGACGAGCAGGUCACCAACUACUAUAAUAACGUCCCGGGCUCCAGGUUGGACAACAACCAGGGCGGUUACGUCUUCCCCUGCAGCGCCACCCUCCCAUCUCUCUCUGUCGCCAUCGGUGAUGCCGGUGAUGCCGUCAUCCCCGCCAAGUACCUCAACUUCGGCCCGGCUGGCCACAGCGACACGGACUGCUUUGGUUCUCUCCAGUCAUCUGGUAACGGCCAGCAGAACGUCUACGGUGACGUCUUCUUCAACGCCUUCUACGGUGUCUUCGAUGCCAGCGGACCCCGCUUCGGUUUCGCUGCCACCGCAUAAGGGAUGAAUGCAUGGGAGAGACUGAUGGAGGUGGGCUUUUGACUUUAUGGAAUUGGCUUACCUCGUCGAUCGGGGGAUAUGUUGGGGGGCUUGAGUUGGAUUGGAUUGAAUUGGAUGAGGUGAUGUGGGGGGUUUUGUAUCCUACUUGGUUUAUUCUGCGGCGCAGAAUAAACAUUACAUACAGUACAGU